ACAGUGCCGAAGACCCGACCCCCAAACACAAGGAGGUCAAGUUCUCAAAGGGGAAAAAUAGUACGAAAAAAAGUCAGAAAAACACACGCACAGAGAAAGCUCACCAUUUCCUCUUCUCUUCUCCCCUUUGGAUUGUGGAGCUGCCUCCGUCCACAUCGCAUCAUAAAAUCCCCCUCUCUAGCAGGCUAGCACCUACCACCGCCAUUCCAAUCUCCAAUUGCCUUGUGCACGAUCCCCGAAUCCACUAUUGCAUUUAUUUCCCUUUCCAUUUCAGAGAGGCAGUCUAGGGACCUGUAUUUAGAUCCGGUCUUGCCUUGCGGUUGUGGGGGAGCGGAUUUAGGUGAACAAGCAACUUGAUUUUUUACCAAUCUUUGCUCUGCCCACCUUGUGGUGUUCGUCUUUUCAAUCUCCUGUGCGUGGAAAGAGGAGGCCAAGCCGUAGCAAGAACUGUGGUUUCAAGCAUCCAAAGGAACCAUCAAAUGGAGGUAUUGGGAGUGAAAUAAGGAUUUUACUAUUUUAGAGGUUGUUGUUUUACCUCUGUAGCUUGACAAUGUUGAGGCAGAGUUCUAGUAGAAAUCACAGAUCCAAAGGUAUGAAGCUAAAGAAAGCUCUUCAGAUAAGUGUCUUGGUUCUGGUUUCUGUUUGGUUGCUCUACCAAGUUAAGCAUUCUUACGAGAAGAAGGCGUAUAGCAAAGGUGAAGUGAAUGAUUUGCAUAAGGAUGAUAAGAACCAGGGGGAGAUAAUCAGGUUAGGCAGGAAAGACCUGCCUACAAAGAUGGAGGCUGAUUCGUCUACAUUGGAUGAACGGGUUGAGGAUGAAGAGAAUGAUGAAAUGGAGCAAGAAAUGAAGCAUGAUGAGAAUGACGAAGAUCCCAUUGAUGACCAUGACCUGGACAAGGAUGAUGAUCUUCCUGAGCCUGGUGAACAUUCUUUUGACAAGGAUGGAGAUGAUGUGGGUGUGUUUGAGGACGAAGAGCGGAAGGAACGGUCUCAGGAGGAUCAAGAGAAGAGCUUCCAUGGUGAUAAUGUAUCUAGUGCUGUUACUCAUGACCCUCCAUCAUCUGAGCGAGAUGAGAUGUCCCAGCAUGCCCAAGAGAAGAUCUUAUAUGUGGAUGAUGCUUCAACUUCAGUGUCUCAUGAAGACCAGGAGGCUGGACAAAAGGAGGAGGAAGUGAGCAAGGCUAGGGAGAAGAGUUUCAGAGGCUAUGAUGUGUCAAGUUCUGUGGAUCAUGAUGCCAAGGUGACAAAACCUCUCCCAGAGGAACAACUGAACAGCAUGGAUAGGAUAUUUGAAGGCACCACAAAUUUGUCUAAUGGAAUUUCAUUUCGAAGUCCUGGAGUAAAUGGAUCAAAUGCUGCUAGGGAACAUGUGGCUACUCAGACUAAUGCAUCUUCCCAUCAAAAUGCAUACAUACCCAGCGUGGACUCAGAUAUCAAGGUCCAUCCAACUCCAGAAAAUUUGACCAGCAACCAUGAGCAAAUUAAUUCCACUUUGAAAGGUCAACCAGAGCAUCAAGUAAAUUCAACGGCAGUGCGGAACAACCAAGUACAGCUCUUGAGUGACCAGACAUCAUCUGUUGAGUUGCAUUCUCCACCAAAUGGCACUUUAGCUUUGGUUAGGGAUGCCCAAAAGUCCACAUCUGGAGCUGGAGAUAGUGACAAUAACACAGGCUCAUCCUCCACCCUGGUAGACAGUAAGGUCGAGGGUGGAGAUGCUCGCAAAGAAGAUGUGGAUGUAUCCACAAAAAUAAUGAACAGAGCAAUGAGCGAAAAUGAAGUUCUCCUGGAAUGAUAAGGAAUUCUCCCUUGCUAGCUUCUGGUGUAACCUGUAAGUUUGUAGGACUUCAAGUGACUUGUUUUCUUUAGCUUCUAGACCUGGAGCUGGAGAUGGAGUGCAAGCAGGCUAUCUGCCUAUCUCUACUGCCCCCCUUUUUGUAUUAGUCUGAUAGAGAUCUGCUUUGUAUUGCCUAGUACAUCAUGACCAGGGGUUAGUGAUGAACAAGAAGCAUGCAUCCACAAAGAAAUAUACCGGUUCCACAGCUCUGAAGCUUUGUUGCUGGAAUCAUAUGCCAAAUAUUAAUGAAAUGUCUAUCUCGGCCACGGUUGUGUGUGUGAAUCUGUAGUUGCGAAAAUUGUGAUGUUUGCAAAGUUGUAGCCUGCUGAUUAACUCUUUUUAUGUUUAAAGCCUAUGUGUUGGGAGUUAAACUGGUAACAUGUGGUGCUUCAGGCACCAUAAUUUCACACUGUGUUCCCUAUCUA